GGCAAAGCAGUUCGUAUCCAGCAACCGCCAUCUGGGUCUGGAGCUCAGCCGCAGGGCUCCAUUAUUGUGCCCAUGAUAUACCCCCGUGUCUCCCCACAGCCUGAUGGCUUCCUCUCCUUUCGACUCUCCCAAAGGCCUCAGGUUCUGGAUUCGGUAGGACGAUAUGCGUCGCUCAGCCUUCAUGCUCACGGCCAUGGGCGCCGUAGCUGGUGCCGUAGUAGCUCCCUUUCCGACACCAGCAGCGAAACUGCACGAAAGACAAGAUGGUUCCGUGGCACCAUUACCGGUACCGACGGGGCUCGGGACAGAUCCAGCGGCUAGUUCGAAACUCACACGUACUUUCGCCUACUUCUCGGGGGGACAGACGGAGGGGGUUGUGCUCUGGGCUCCAUUUACCUACAGACCGGAUGACUAUACCUUCACAUCCUCUGGCCAGUUCUGGAGGGGUUGCUCAAAGACUUACUAUCAAACUGUCGGCACCAGUGUCUCAGCCGACACAGAAUGCCCGCUCUUCACUACAUGUUCAGACGGUUGGUUGAAGUGGUCGACAAAAUCGGUCUUCUGUGUCCAAGCCGGCUCUUCAUGCUAUACCGACCUGCUUUACGAAACCUACGGAGCUACAGAUGCCCUCUCCUGGCUCUACUGCAACACUGCGAGCACUGACGUGGUAACUGCGUACCGCACGCAACCUCCUGCGAACGUACCCGCAACCACUACCAAUCCAUCCACCUCAAUCAACUCCCCUUCCUCCACCCAGACAGGGCCAACAUCCACCACCUCCACCACCUCCACAUCCACCCCACCACCAGAGCCCAAACCCAAGAACAACGCCGGCAUCAUCGCCGGCAGCGUCGUCGGCGGCGUCGCCGUCAUCGCCCUCGCCGCAGUCGCCAUCUUCUACAUCCUGCGCCGCGGCCGCAACACCAAUGCCGGCGACGCCUCUGCCGCAGGCGCUGCUGCCGCCGCCGCCCCACCAACGUAUCCCGAGUACCAGGCCGAGAAGCCCCCGGCGCAGGGCGGCGCCGAAGGUUAUUACGCGCCUCCUACGCAGGGAGAGUACAAUCCGCAUACGUCUGGGAUUUAUAGCGUGGGGAGCACGAGUCCGACGAUUCAGAGUGCGGUUCCCGCGUAUGAGCCGUAUGCGCAGGGGCAGGGGCAGGGGCAGCAUGUGCAGAGGAAUGAGUUGCCGUCGUAGGAGGAGGGAAUUGACGAGAAUAUGCGUUAUUGGAAUGAGUGUGGAGGGUUGGUGAAGAAGAUGCGUUGAGAUUCGAAUGGCUGUGGAGUGAUGAUAUUCUGUGAGACGUGUCAAUCGCAUGUUGUAGCCCGUUGGGGAGUUGAUUUGUGAACGGGAGAAUUUCUCGGAUUGCAUGGAUAUUUGGGAUAUGGAAAGGAUUGGGCAGAUGGGUAUGUGGAAUGCUAGGGACGUAGGAUUGGGCUAGGCGGGGUUUAGCUGCUUAUAAUGAUAUCCACGCCUUGUUAUGCCUAUGUCUUUGAUCACUGUAGUGCACUUUCAGUUGCGCAGAUGAUCAAUCGGCGGUUAGCUAAAUAAUAG